CUCAUCAUUCAUAACAUAAGUAAAACCCCAUCUCAGCUCUAUCAUCUCUCUUUCAUUUAGGAUGUCCCUUGACCUUAACCCAAUAUUGCUAAUGAUUGAUUGAUAUAUAUACAUAUGCAUAUAUAUAUGCAGCUAAGCUAGGCUAAGAUAACCUUGUGAAAGAUCUUGGUUAUGGGGAAGAAAAGAGAGAAAAUAGGUUCAAGAUCUCAAACACUACCCUCAUCUCCUUCCCACUCUUUCUCUUCAUCUUCCUCCUCCGACUUUGAGUUCACCAUCUCCCUUUCCCCACGCGCCGCCACCUCUUCCUCCCUAUGUCCAGCCGACGACCUCUUCUACAAAGGCCAGCUCUUACCUCUCCACCUUUCUCCUCGUCUCUCCAUGGUCCGUACCCUCCUCUUAGCUUCCUCCAGCACUUCCUCCUCUUCCGCCGCCACUGCCUCUCGUGACUCCACCGCCAGCAGUUCCAAUGACUCCCAUUCUUCUUUCUCCAGUGACCUCGUUUUGCUCUCCGCCGAUUGCGGUUCCUCCAGGCCUAGCUCCGUCUCCGAUGACGACGGUCUCAAAAGGGUACUUCACAAUACAGGGAACCAACAACAACAAAUCAAGAAGAACAAGUAUUUCUCCUUGUCUAGAUUCUCUUCGGUGUUCAACAAGGAAAACAACAAGAAGCUUGACCAGGUAAACAUGGCGGCAACUCCGUCGUCGGUUAAAAAAAUAAGCACGACGGCGAAACGAGUAAUAAGCAAAUACUUGAAGAAAGUGAAGCCAUUAUACGAGAAACUAUCACAUAAGCAAGAUGAAAAAAUGGGAGGAGUUGAAUCGGUUUCAACUUUGUCAACAACAACAUCAUUUCCAGCUUCGUUCUCGAUCAAACCAGAGAGAUCUGUCAAAGAAAACAACAAUGGCGGUGGAUUUUCUCACUCUUUCUCGGGAAACUUGAGGUACCCAAAAAGGAGAAGCUGCAUUUCGAGCUGCCCAUCAUCCAUGAGGUCAUCGCCGAGCCACUCUGGGGUGCUUUCUCGAAAUGGGUUUCCGAGCACGAAUACGGGUCGGGUCGGUGGCGUUGGCGGCAUGAUGCACUACCCGGAUCGGUCGUCAAUGGAAGAACUGCAAAGUGCUAUUCAAGGUGCCAUUGCUCAUUGCAAAAAUUCAUUGGUUCAAAACAAAACUACUGUAAUAAGUAACGAAAUUUAACUGAAAAAAGAAUCUCUUUCCAUAAACUUUCCUGGUAAGGUAAAAAUAAAGUGACAUCAGUACUUUUUCUUUUUCCA